AUGACGGCUAUUUGUAAUUGGCAGUACGUUGGGUGGCUUGAUUUGUACGGAACCCUCCUUGGAGCCUCGCCGCAAGAGGCACGAUAUUUCUUAAUGAACCGAUGGUCCUUCCACCAAGCAACGCUGUGGUUAUGCGUCUUAAGUAUGAGCCCUUGGGAUCUCCUCAACGUUACCCUCGUUGAACGUCCCUCUGUUCUGUAUUUUACGCGAUCCGCUCAACAGACAGACCACCUCGACGUUACCCUCGUUGAACAUACCCCCGAUCUGGUACGCAUGCCCACGUACCAAAUAUUGCUCUACAUGACGCAACAAAAGCCAGAAAUGCCUUCUGGUGUCGACCAACAGCCAUCUCCUGGUCCAAGCUACAUGGGCUCAUCCCCUGCAUCCUUCGACUAUGUUGAGGAACAGUUUGGCGGAGGUCGUCGAUAUGAAGCACCGCCUGCCGAGUUGACUCCCUCACGGCUGAGGACCAGACUCAAGGCCACAGUGCGGGACGUCGGUAUUGUCAAGGACGCCUCUGCCCGACGCCAGGCCUAUCAAAAUACCUCUAACGACGUUCAGCUUUCCGUUGGUCCAUUCCACCACGUGGUGCAGGACGGUGCUUCAACUUCAACAAGCGAUACGUCAUCGCUUACGCUGAACGUGGCUUACAGUCGGCACAACUCACCCUUUCCUCCACUACAAGGUCCUGCACAACUGCAGGAUUUGUUUUACGGCCCUAUGGACCAGCAGUCUCCUUGGAUGCAGCAAAACCCAUCUGGUGAUUUCGGAAUGAUGCAGCCUGAUACUUUCACGGCUGGAUUACUCGGAGAUCAAGCUCUAGGCAUGGCUGGAGCGGGGCGACAAGUCGCUGUGGCCUGCACCGUCUGUGACCAACGUGCAAGACGUUCAUCUGGUCAGCCUCUCAUGUCUCGCGGAUGUUCGCUGGAUCCAGCAGGCCAACCGUCUUCGGGAUUGAUGCAGAACUCACCAUUCACCCUGCAUCCUGCACCAUAUGUACCGCCUCAAGAUCAUGCCCAUCCUAUUCCAGCCACAAACAUCAUCCCGCCAACACCACUCAAGGAUGGUGGCGGUAAGACUCCUGGUGCCUCUGCUUCCACUGAUAAUGCACUCCUUGCCUCGACAAGAGAUCCUAGUCCAAAGUUGGACCUAGGUCACUAUUCUCCGGCCACCACCUACCGCGUUCGGUUCCCUGAAGAGAGUGAGCCGAGAAUGCACCAGGAGGAUCAAGCGGUAACUGGCCGCAGGUCAGCAGAUAUGAACGCAGCACUCGACACUGGGUUUUCUCGAGGACGCAGUGUGAACGGCACUAAUUACUGGAAUCUGUACGCCAAUUACUUCAAGGACCACUUGCAGGAGGAGCUCGGCCGCUGUGAAAAAGAGAAAUCAGAAGGCAGUGGGACACCUAGUGCAACAUUGCGAAGAAGAAAAUGCUACGAGAAAUUCAAGGACACCUUUCCCGACACCUAUCAAGACAUCCUAUCGAAGCAUGAGGAAGUAGCUCUCCUGAGCUCGUCUCCCCAAACUAUUGCCCAGCGCGGACAAGCAUUCCAAAAACACUAUCGGAGUGUGACGAGCAUCCUCGAGUCCGGCUCCGCUAGAUUUGGAUUUGAAGCAGCCGUUUGUAUUAUGUGUUCUGGGGAAAUGCGAUGCCGUGCCAGCGAUGACAUGAUCAUCGGUCAUUUAAAGGCCCACGUGUAUAACACCACAUCGCUAUCUGCAGUUGAUGAUGCCUUUCCAGAAACCGGGGACGAUAGCCAUCAAAAACAGACACCGACCGUUACCCACGACAUAGACCAGGCUUCUGAUGUUGUGGAGGGAGGACGGGAGGAUAACUUGAAAUUCGUGAAGCAGGAAAUCACCAGGCAAGCUGCCAAAUUUGGCUGCAAAAUACACGGCGGAAAGAUUUUCCCUUGGAAGCUCAUGCCAGCCGCACUCGUGGAAGCCAAUCUCAGCAUCCAAGGAUAUCCUGCACACAAGUGCCUAUUUCCCGGUGAAGCUCACAGUAAACAUGCAUUAAACAAAGGCAUUGGGGCGCUGAUGUAUAAGGAGAUCGCUGCGCUUGUCGAUUCGUUGAAGGCAGGCACUAUGCGCAUCAUCAAAUUUCCCCGACGACGAUCGAGCCCAGCACAGCAACUACGAAGGUCAAGAAGGGUGUUUAAAGCACCCAAGCACCCUAUACCACCCUCCGAAGAUGAACCCUCUGAUGAUGAAUCAUUGGAGGGUGUAAGUGUCAAUGAUGCAGUUGGAACUUCUGCGCUCGAGCCCCUACCUCAAGUGAACGUGCGAAAGCCUAACUACAAAAUGCGAGUCGAAGUUGUACCUCCACCCUCACGCCCUUUCAAGGUUGUUCGACUUCCUUUACCACUGCCGCGUCCUUCCAAAGCCGUUCCCAUGCCAUCUGGAACUCCGAGUGAGGUUAUCGAAGUUACGUCUACCGAAGAGAAUCCUGUGGGAGAGCCCGACUCUGAGUAUGAAGAAGCAGGACGUGGAAAGAAGAGGAAGCUCAAGUCCGCGAAUACAUCGCGUGCGUCAAAGAAGAUUGCCCCGUCGAUUGAAAAGACUAACGCUUCAAAAGUGGGGAAGAAAGUUGGGCGAGGUAAGAAUAAUGUGCAAUCCAAGGCACCUCCGCCUCCCUUGCCAACCUCAACUACUUUCCCUGCGAAAGGCGGUCCACUAUCCCCAUUAACAGUGGGAUCGUCGACCGAUGGACCUCCAUCACCAGAACAUAUUAAUGCUGGUAAAGCAAUGCGCCUUCGAGACGGACCUUCUGAUGAGUCUAAAAAGGAACAUGUUAAACCACGCCCAGUCACCAAGGGCUCUCGGGUGGUGAUGAAUCGUGGCCUGCGUAUGGUGUACGGGAACUCGGACUCUGAGUCUGACGUCGACAACAGCGUGAAGGCUAAUUCUGCAACCACAACGGGCGUCAUCCCCGAAGCCACUGGUUCAGCUAACAUCCAGUCUGAUCCUUUGGAGGAGAAGUCUGCACAGACGAAGGAUGAAGUAGUAGGAGAUAAGGAAGAACUACCCCCAACCGCCCCAUUGAAUGCAGCGGCCCCCAAUAUUCCCGACCAGCAGCCUCUUCGUGACUCCAACCACCCUCGUCCCCUCACUCCUCACAAGACUCAGGACGAGCGUCCACAUGAUAACCUCCCCCAUGAUGCCCCUCGUGACAGCCCACUGCGCAACGCUCUCCAUGACCCUCCACGCGACCUUGUCCGUGACCCUCGAGAUGAUCAUGACCCUCCACGCGCUCCACGCGACCUUGUCCGUGACCCUCGAGAUGAUCACGACCCUCCACGCGACCUUGUCCGUGACCCUCGAGAUGAUCAUGAGCCUCUCCGUGACCCUCGAGAUGGUCGUGAGCCUCCCCGUCACCCUCGAGAUGGUCGUGAACCUCAUGAAGAUGCUCGAAGUGCUGUUCGCGACCCUACACGCAACCAUCAUGAGGCCGUACGUGACCCUCGUGAUGGCCUUCGCAAUCCUUGGGAUGUUGAUCCUCGUUAUCCUUACACCCGAGGGUACUCCCAUGAACCUGCGCGUGGCCUCGACCGUGGCACUCUUCACCCCCGUGACGCAUUCUACCAUCGCAAUCCCCGCUAUGGUCCACCUCAAGAUCCUUAUGGAUCUGGCGAUAUUCGUAUGGAAAGUGACUUGAAUACUCGAGACAGCUCACCUGUGUCCGAUUUUCAUGGUAACUAUGGUCCUAGUGAGCGCGAACGUGCCUACCCGACCCGGUACGGUCCUGGGGGUGACUUAGGCUAUACUCAUGAAGGUGGAUACAGGUCCCGGCACAAUGACCUCGAUGAGCGUGGGCAAUCACUAUCUCCCUAUCAUAGUCGUCGAGUUGGUGGAGGGAGUUACCGCGAGGAAGGAUACCCUCAAGGCCCCGGUAGGAGAUUUCAGGAUUCGAGAUGGGAUGAAGGUGCUCAUUUGGACUAUGAUGCUAUACCACGAGCAUUCCGUCGCGAUCUGCCCAAUCCCCCAAGGCCUCCUCCCGCUACUUAA